GGGGGUGUGGUUAGAGGGCGCGAGCGCCAGAGACCCCCGCAGCGUGACGACAAAGAUCUGAGGAGGAGGAGCAUGCGGAGGAGAUGAGGCGUGAGCGCGCUUUGCGUGCUCGCCUCCGCACACAGUCGCGAUGCAGCCCAGAGAGAGGGCGACCGGCGGUAGCGCUCUACCCCGACAGCAGUCCUUGGUCCUCCCGGCGGUCAUCAACCCGUUCGUGCGCGAGCUGCAGCUGAGCACGCCGCGCCUCCUCAGAUGCUUCCUGCUGGGCCUAUUCCUUGUCCCGCUGCGCUGCCUCUGCCUCCUGCUGGUACUGCUCCUGGCGUGGCCCCUGGCUGUGGUGGCCACCUUCCUACACCCCCUGAAGGGCACCGUGGAGCCCAUGACUGGAUGGAGACGGUUCCUGUGCCAGAUUGUGGUUGUUGGAUUGGGCCGCUUGGUCUUCUUCUUCAUGGGCUUCAGGGUUACGGUCCGGGGCCGGCAUGCAAGCAGCGUUGAGGCGCCCAUCUUGGCCGUGGCGCCGCACUCCAGCUACUUCGAUGCCAUCGUGUGCAUCGUGGCCGGGCUGCCCUCCACUGUGUCGCGUGCGGAGAACCUGGCCGUGCCCAUCUUUGGCCGGUUCCUGCGAUGUUUCCAGCCAGUGCUGGUGUCACGCCUGGACCCAGACUCCCGUAGGAACACCAUUCUGGAGAUUGAGCGCCGAGCCACUUCUGGAGGCCGCUGGCCGCAGGUUCUAAUUUUCCCGGAAGGAACCUGCACAAAUCGCUCCUGUCUGAUUACCUUUAAACAAGGUGCCUUUAUUCCAGGAGUCCCAGUGCAGCCAGUGCUGCUCAGCUACCCCAACGACCUGGACACUGUGACCUGGACUUGGCAGGGGCCAAAGGCGAAGAUGCUGCUGCUGCUCACUCUGUGUCAGCCGUAUACCGACGUCCGCAUCGAGUUCCUCCCCCCACACACCCCCAGCGAGGAGGAGAAGGCAAGCCCAUGUCUGUUCGCCAGCAACGUCAGAAACACCAUGGCCACGGCGCUGUGUAUCCCAGUGACAGACCACACGUAUGAGGAUUGCCGCCUGAUGAUCUCGGCAGGGGAGCUCACGCUGCCCAUGGAGGCUGGCCUCGUCGAGUUCACCAAGAUCAGCAGGAAGCUCAAUCUGAAAUGGGAUAGUGUGAAGAAGGAGCUGGAGGGCUUUGCGGCCAUCGCCCACUCCUGCGAAGGCGGCCGCAUCACCGUCGAGCAGUUCGCCCGCUUCCUCAAGCUGCCGGUCAGCCCGCCCCUGGAGGAGCUCUUUGCCCUCUUUGACCGGAACGGAGAUGGCACCAUCGACUUCAGGGAGUAUGUCAUCGGCGUGACCGUGCUGUGCCAGCCUGCAAACACGGAGGACACCAUUCAGAUGGCCUUCAAGCUCUUUGACUUGGACAACGACGGGAGCAUCACCCAGGAUGAGUUCUCAUCGCUGAUCCGGUCCGCGCUGGGCCUGCCCGACCUGGACGUGUCUCACCUCUUCAGCGAGAUUGACACCGACUGCUCAGGGCACAUCACCUACAAGGAGUUUUGGGCGUUUGCGAUGAGUCACCCGCAGUACGCCAAGCUGUUUACCACCUACCUGGAACUACAGCGCUACCAGGCCCUCCAGGCGGUGGAGCCAGUGGCCGGACCCCCCGUGAAUCGUGUCAGUCCCCACAACGCUCUGCAGGAGAGCUCCUCCGACAAGAAAGACGAAUGACUUCUCGAGCUCUAUGACCACUGCUUCUUCUGGUUGCACCUGUUCAUUUUUUUAGACAAAAAUACAUAUAUGUGUAUUGCUUACAUUAAGAGCAUUUCUCAGGGUAUUUACUCCACUUGUGUUCCUUUUUGUUAUAUUUAGGCAGCGCUGGUGGACUUGGUCACUGUGACCUGCAGCAUUUGCGGUCCUUCCCAACCACCCAUGAAUGUAGAGAUGCUGCUUGGACGAGAACACCCGUACUGGUUCUGAAAACACUGUUUAAC